AUGAACUCCAUUAUGAAUGGUUGGUUUUCUGAGGUUUCCGACAGCUUCCCGGGGCAAGCCUUUAGCUUAAAAGUCAGGGAAGUUCUUUUCGAAGGUCAAUCGAAAUUUCAAAAUAUCCUUAUUUUUGAAAGCGAAAAUUAUGGUCGCGUACUUGUCCUUGAUGAUCACAUUCAGCUAACUGAGCGUGAUGAAUCGUUCUAUCAGGAGAUGAUCUCCUACAUUCCAAUCAACGUUCACCCGAAUCCUCGACGAGUUCUGAUUAUUGGGGGUGGUGACGGAGGUGUUGCAAGAGAAGUAGUUAGACACUCCUCGGUUGAACACGUCGAUCUUGUUGACAUUGAUGGAAUGGUAAUUGAGACUGCUCGAAAGUACCUCCCCUUCAUGGCUACUGGUCUCAAUGACCCCAAGGUCACGGUUCACGUUGAUGAUGGAUUUGCCUAUUUGAAGAAGCGCGCUGCCAUGACAGAAAAAUAUGAUGUCAUCAUUACUGAUUCAACCGAUCCUGGCGGUCCAUCAACACCCCUCUUCAAUCAGGAAUACUUUCAAUUGCUUAGCCAAGCUCUGAAUGAUGACGGAAUCAUUUGUAAUCAAGGUGAGACCCUUUUCUUGGACAUUCCAGUAAUCAAGCAAAUGAUUGGAUUCUGCAAGGCAGUCUUUCCAUCUGUUGGCUACGCCUACAAUAUCAUUCCAACCUACACAUCUGGCCAUUUGGGCUACGUCAUCGCCUCUAAAACGAAGAACGCCAACUUGCGUGAUGCUAUUCGAGAUCCACCAACGAAGUGCAAAUUCUACACAAAGGAAGUUCACAAGGCCGCUUUCUGUCUCCCCAAGUGUUAUGAUGAUGUGAGUUCUAUUCUUUUGUUUUAA